AUGGCCGCCUUCAAGGAUGCGAUUCAUCGACUGAAACCGAGCAACUCAGACGACCAUGAAUCUUUCGGUAGCUCUCACGAGAAGGACGUUCAUGGAGUCGCUACAUAUGCUGCUCCUGUUAGUGAGGAGAAGACCACUGCAGUGGAUCCAACGUUAAAUCCUGGUGCUCUUUCAUUUGAAGAGGAUGCUGCUGGUGGACUGGGUCGACAUCUUGGUGUCUUUAGUUGCACGAUGCUCAUUAUCGGACGAAUCAUUGGAACUGGUAUUUUCUCCACACCGUCUUCUAUUCUCGGUUCGGUGGACUCGGUAGGCGCCUCCCUAAUGCUCUGGGUGCUCGGAUUCCUACUGGCAUUCUCCGGACUCUUCGUUUGGCUGGAACUCGGAACUAUGUUUCCGCGGUCUGGGGGCGAAAAAGUCUAUCUUGAAGCCGUGUACAAGAAGCCAAAAAGUCUCGCAACAGUCUUCUUUGCCACCCAGGCAAUUCUACUCGGCUUUACGGCUAGCGGAUGCAUUGUGUUUGCAAAUAAUAUUCUGAUUGUCGCUGGAGUAGAAGCUACGCGCUGGAACACGAGAGGUAUCGCGUUGGGCGUGAUUACCUUCGUGACUUUGAUCCAUGGUUUCACCCCGAAGGCCGGUCUUUGGCUGAUGAAUGCUCUAAGUGUGUUCAAAGUCUUCAUCCUAGCAUUCAUCAUUGUUACCGGUUGGGUCGUCCUUGGCGGAAAGACACGCAUUACGGACCCACAUCGGAACUUCGUGGAUGCGUUCGCCGGGAGCUCACAUAGCAGUGGAGAUUAUGCUACCGCGAUGUUCAAAGUCAUCAACGCCUAUGCCGGGUGGUCGAACAUCAACUACGUGUUGAACGAAGUGAAGGACCCCGUACGCACUCUCAAGAUCGCCGGACCCCUAGGUCUCGGGCUUUGUGCAGUAUUUUAUAUAUUUGCGAAUAUCGCAUACUUCGCAGCAGCGUCUAAGGAGGAAAUUCUGGCCAGCAAAGUCACGGUUGCCUCUUUGUUCUUCAACAAGGUCUUCGGUGCACAGGCCCAGAAAGCAUUGACUGUUUUCGUUGGUUUGAGUGCACUUGGUAACAAAGCAUAUCAUUAUACUGAUUCAACUUCUCUCUUCACGCCAGAACUUGCGAAAGAAGGUAUUCCUCUUCCCUUCGGUAACAAAUUCUGGGCAUCGAACUGGCCAACUGGGAAAUCGCCGUUCCCUGGACUCAUCGUCCACCUGAUUCCUUCCGUUAUCGUCAUUAUCGCUCCUCCACCAGAUGUCGUCUAUCCCUUUGUACUUAACGUCGAAGGAUACCCCCAGCAAAUCAUUAAUUUACUCAUCGUUUUUGGCCUCUUUUAUUUGCGUUGGAAGAAGCCGAACGCUGUCAGACCGUUCAAAGUCUGGUGGCCCGUUGCUCUAUUCUUCAUGGCUGUAGCCGUAUUCUUAAUCAUUGAUCCUUACCUAAAGCCAUCUAAUGGCGUCGGUGAUACACCACCUCUACCAUACUACCUGUACUGCUUGGUCGGCAUCGGAAUCCUCGCGUGCGGAGUCUUAUAUUGGGCCGUAUGGCGAAUUAUCCUGCCAAAGGUAUUCGGGUAUGAGCUGUACCCGACGAAGGAGACAUUGAAAGAUGGGACAGUCGUCACAGUGUUCAAGAGCCAAAAGAUUCAAUAA